AAUAAUCAGCUGCAGAUUGUUCCGGCGGCGGCGGGAAGAAGAAAAGUGGAAGCGCAGUACGUAGAAAUGAUGGUUCCACUCUAUUCCCACGGUUGCGAAAGGAAGAUCAAGAAUUCAUUAUCCCACCUCAGAGGAAUAUACUCGGUGAAUGUGGAGUUUGAUGAGCAGAAGGUGACAGUGUGGGGAAUAUGCAACAAAUAUGAUGUCUUGUCCACCAUUCGAGCCAAGAGGAGAGGCGCUCGCUUUUGGGACAACGCCGACGAUGUCUCCGGCGGCGGCGAUGAACCGUCACCGUCGCUCCAACUGCCGGUGCGGAAACGCCGCCCUUCCGUCCCACCGUUGACUCUGCUCAAAACUCGGCCGUCCCUUAUCACCUGGAAACUCUCUCUCAAAAAGGCACUCUCCAGAAGUCACUCAUUUGUUAAAUUAAUUAAUUAAGUCAAAUGUAAAUUAAACGUGUUAAUUACUCCGUAAUACGUACAAUUUACUGAGUAUUUGCGCGCGUUUUGAAACAUAUUUUAUGGACUAUAUAUGGUACAAGCAAAGUUGUAAAUAGAGUUGCGAGUAAUUAUUUCCUUUUAUAAAUUAUAAUUGUCAUGUGAUUAAAGCUAAGUAUGGUUC